AUACUGCCAUACUCUUGUCCAUGGCCUUUUUUUUCAGGAAAACUCACUUUCACUUUCUUUACAAUUGCCUUCAUAUGUUUAUUUGCGUAGACCUAUUCCAAGUGUACACGGUCUACUAUAUUUCAAUUCAGGCUGCAACAUAUUUAGAGGCGCAGAAGGGAGUGUAGGUCCUUAAUCCUUGUCGUCUGGGAGGGGUGGUGCUGAUGCUGGCUAGCUGGAUUAGUUGCAGACCCAUAGCGGCUGUUACAGAGGAUGAAAUGCAUGCUGGGUAAUCAGAGGUGGUCCGCUCGGGGUGUGCGAGAUGGUUGCUUCCUCGAAUAAAUAAACAGAUGCGCUAUUUGUCAUCCGGAGAGUAAGCCAGCGCAGUACAGGAAGCUGCGAGGGGUGCAGCCUGCGAUCUGGCGGAUAGGAGGCGGUUCGGCCAUGGCAUCCUGAAAACAAGAGCCAUCAAGGAAUCAACCCAGAUCGGUCAGCACAGGAAGGAAAAACUCAACUGUUACAAUAUUGUAGGGAAGGAAACGCGGGAGGAAUGGAUAAGCAACCGAGUGCUGGCUCGGAGAGCCCAGCGCAGCCACCAGUUCCUAGCAGAAAACCUCGGACUCUGGGAGGAAAUACCGGAUCAAGACAAGCGAGCGUGGAAACACUGGACAGCCCCACGGGCUCGCACGUGGAGUGGUGCAAACAACUGAUUGCCGCAACGCUCAACAGCCAGGUAUCUGGAGGUGGCCCACCCGAAGUUCCCUCACGAGAUUUAAAGGACUCGUGUGAGGGAGGGCAGGGGUCUCAGUAUGAUAGCGACUCUGAGUUGAACUCCUACUCCAUGGUGUUUGGACACCAGCCUAACGCUCAGAUGGACGAGGUCCCACUGGUUCCUGGAGAGACCAUCAGAGCCACUGCUAAUGAUGUGAUGUACAUCUGUCCCUUCAGUGGAGCGGUGACCGGCACACUAACAGUCACAGACUACAAGCUGUACUUUGUCAGUCUGGAGCGGGACCAAUACUUCCUGCUGGAUGUGAACUUAGGGGCCAUUAGCCGUCUGGAGACCAUCAGUGUGCAAAGCAAUGGAGAGAACACAUGCGGCAUGGAAAUGGUCUGCAAGGACAUGCGCAGCCCCAGGUUUGCCUACAAGAAGGAGGACCAGACUAAUGUGGAUGUAAUGGAGGUGUUGACCAAGCACGCUUUCCCCCUCUCCCACGAUCUGUCACUUUUCGCCUUUCAGUAUAAGGAGGAGUAUCCGGUGGAGGGGUGGAAGGUGUAUGACCCCGUGGCAGAAUACAAGAGACAGGGGCUCCCCAAUGAGAGCUGGACCAUCAGCAAGUUGAACAGCAGCUAUGAGGUGUGUGACACCUACCCUUCCCUGCUGGUCAUCCCUACCAACAUCACAGAGGACGAGAUCAAGAGAGUGGCUUCCUUCAGAGUCAAGCACCGCAUACCGGUCCUCUCCUGGAUCCACCCGGAGACCCAGGCCACCAUUGUGCGCUGCAGCCAGCCACUAGUGGGUGCUUCAGACCGCCGCUGCAGGGAGGACGAGCGCUACCUGCAGACCAUCAUGGACGCCAACGCCCAGUCGCAUAAGCUCACCAUCUUCGAUGCCCGCCAGAGUAGCGUGGCCGAUACCAACAAGGCUAAAGAUGGUGGGUAUGAGAGUGAGAACUUCUAUUCCAAUGUGGAGCUGAACUUUCUGGAGAUCCCCAACAUCCAUGUGAUGCGCGAGUCCCUCAGGAAGCUGAAGGAGGUCGUUUACCCCACCAUAGAUGACCAGCACUGGCUCUCCGCCAUCGACGGCACACACUGGCUGGAGUACAUCAGGCUGCUGUUGGCAGGUGCGGUGCGUAUUGCAGAUAAGCUGGAGUCGGGUAAGACAUCGGUGGUGGUGCACUGCAGUGACGGCUGGGACCGCACGGCCCAACUCACCUCCCUGGCGAUGCUGAUGCUGGACAGCCACUACCGCACCCUCAGGGGCUUCCAGGUGCUGCUGGAGAAGGAGUGGAUCAGCUUUGGACACAAGUUCGCCUCGCGUGUGGGACAUGGAGAUGAGGACCACGCUAACUCUGAGCGCUCCCCUCUCUUUGUGCAGUUUAUCGACUGUGUCUGGCAGAUGAUGAGACAGUUCCCUGCAGCCUUUGAGUUCAAUGAGCUCUUCCUCAUCACCAUUCUGGACCACCUCUACAGCUGCCUGUUUGGUACAUUCCUCUACAACAGCGAGAAGGAGAGAGUAGAGCAGGAGGUGCAGAGUAAGACGGUGUCCCUGUGGUCCUAUAUCAACAGCCAGCCAGAGGACUUCACCAACCCCUUCUACGUGGACUACCAGCACCAUGUGAUCUACCCCCUGGCCAGCCUCCGGCACCUAGAGCUCUGGGUCAGCUACUAUGUGCGCUGGAAUCCCCGCAUGAGGCCACAGAUGCCUGUGCACCAGAACCUGAAGGAGCUGCUGUUCCUGCGUGCAGAGCUGCAGAGGAAGGUGGAGGAGCUGCAUCGGGAGGUCUCCUCCUCGCACUCACUGUCCUCCUCUUCAGAGCACAACUCAUCGCCCUCUCACGGAGGCACGCCCCUGCACACCACCGCCUGAGACCUGCUCAGCAGCGUGGCCCACGGACGCACUUACUCACACACACACACACACACAGACAGACAGUGAUUUCACAUACAUGCA